CCAUGCAACGGUAACUUGGCUCUCGUCCCCUUCCCCAGGGACCCACGUGAUGGAGGGCUCUGGACGGAUGGUAGUGACUGCUGUGGGGGUGAAUUCUCAGACCGGCAUUAUCUUCACCCUGCUGGGGGCUGGCGGUGAGGAGGAAGAGAAGAAAGACAAGAAAGGUGUGAAGAAGGGGGAUGGCCUUCAGCUACCAGCGGCCGAUGGGGCAGCAGGUUCAAAUGCUACAGAUAGUGCAAAUACCAGCCUAGUCAAUGGUAAAAUGCAGGAUGGCAAUGUGGACGCCAGCCAGAGCAAAGCCAAACAGCAGGACGGGGCAGCCGCCAUGGAGAUGCAGCCCCUCAAGAGUGCCGAGGGUGGCGACGCUGAUGACAAAAAAAAGGCCAACAUGCACAAGAAGGAGAAAUCCGUGCUGCAGGGCAAGCUCACCAAGCUGGCUGUGCAGAUCGGCAAGGCGGGUCUGGUGAUGUCGGCCAUCACGGUCAUCAUCCUGGUGCUCUACUUCACCGUGGACACCUUCGUGGUCAACAAGAAGCCAUGGCUACCCGAGUGCACGCCCGUCUACGUGCAGUACUUUGUCAAGUUCUUCAUCAUCGGCGUGACGGUGCUGGUGGUCGCCGUGCCGGAGGGGCUCCCUCUGGCCGUCACCAUCUCGCUGGCCUACUCAGUGAAGAAAAUGAUGAAAGACAACAACCUGGUACGUCACCUGGAUGCCUGUGAGACCAUGGGCAAUGCCACCGCCAUCUGCUCAGACAAGACAGGCACACUGACCACCAAUCGCAUGACAGUCGUGCAGGCCUACGUUGGCGAUGUCCACUACAAGGAGAUCCCUGACCCCAGUUCCAUCAACGCCAAGACCAUGGAGCUGCUCGUCAACGCCAUUGCCAUCAACAGCGCCUACACCACCAAGAUUCUGCCCCCAGAGAAGGAGGGUGCCCUGCCUCGGCAAGUGGGCAACAAGACGGAGUGCGGCCUGCUGGGCUUCGUGCUGGACCUGAAGCAGGACUACGAGCCCGUGCGCAGCCAGAUGCCGGAGGAGAAACUGUACAAGGUGUACACCUUCAACUCUGUGCGCAAGUCCAUGAGCACAGUCAUCAAGCUGCCCGAUGAGAGCUUCCGCAUGUACAGCAAGGGUGCUUCCGAGAUCGUGCUCAAGAAGUGCUGCAAAAUCCUCAAUGGGGCAGGGGAGCCCCGGGUCUUCCGGCCCCGUGACCGGGACGAGAUGGUGAAGAAGGUGAUCGAGCCCAUGGCCUGCGAUGGGCUCCGAACCAUCUGUGUGGCCUACCGUGACUUCCCCAGCAGCCCCGAGCCCGACUGGGACAAUGAGAAUGACAUCCUCAAUGACCUAACCUGCAUCUGUGUGGUGGGCAUUGAGGACCCCGUGCGGCCCGAGGUUCCAGAAGCCAUCCGCAAGUGCCAGCGGGCAGGCAUCACCGUCCGCAUGGUCACUGGUGACAACAUCAACACGGCCCGGGCCAUCGCCAUCAAGUGUGGCAUCAUCCAUCCUGGGGAGGACUUUCUGUGCCUGGAGGGCAAGGAGUUCAACCGGAGGAUCCGCAAUGAGAAGGGGGAGAUUGAACAGGAGCGAAUUGACAAGAUCUGGCCAAAGCUCCGGGUGCUGGCUCGCUCCUCCCCCACGGAUAAGCAUACCCUCGUCAAAGGCAUCAUCGAUAGCACACACACCGAGCAGCGUCAGGUGGUGGCCGUGACCGGGGAUGGCACCAACGACGGGCCUGCACUCAAGAAGGCCGACGUGGGCUUCGCCAUGGGCAUCGCAGGCACGGACGUGGCCAAGGAGGCCUCAGACAUCAUCCUAACGGAUGACAACUUCAGCAGCAUCGUCAAGGCAGUGAUGUGGGGCCGCAACGUCUAUGACAGCAUCUCCAAAUUCCUGCAGUUCCAGCUGACGGUCAACGUGGUGGCUGUGAUCGUGGCCUUCACGGGUGCCUGCAUCACGCAGGACUCCCCUCUGAAGGCCGUGCAGAUGCUCUGGGUAAACCUCAUCAUGGACACGUUCGCCUCACUGGCGCUGGCCACUGAGCCACCCACCGAGACCCUGCUUCUGAGGAAGCCAUAUGGCCGCAACAAGCCCCUCAUCUCACGGACCAUGAUGAAGAACAUCCUGGGCCAUGCCGUCUACCAGCUCACCCUCAUCUUCACCCUGCUCUUUGUUGGCGAGAAGAUGUUCCAGAUCGACAGCGGGAGGAAUGCGCCCCUGCACUCGCCACCCUCGGAACACUACACCAUCAUCUUCAACACCUUCGUCAUGAUGCAGCUCUUCAAUGAGAUCAACGCCCGCAAGAUCCACGGCGAGCGCAAUGUCUUCGAUGGCAUCUUCCGGAACCCUAUUUUCUGCACCAUCGUGCUGGGCACCUUUGCCAUCCAGAUAGUGAUCGUGCAGUUUGGGGGAAAGCCAUUCAGCUGCUCUCCACUGCAGCUGGACCAGUGGAUGUGGUGCAUAUUCAUCGGGUUAGGAGAGCUCGUCUGGGGCCAGGUCAUCGCUACCAUCCCGACCAGCAGGCUCAAGUUCCUCAAGGAGGCGGGCAGGCUCACCCAGAAGGAGGAGAUCCCGGAGGAGGAGCUCAAUGAGGACGUGGAGGAGAUAGACCACGCCGAGAGGGAGCUGCGGCGAGGCCAGAUCCUGUGGUUCCGAGGCCUGAAUCGGAUCCAGACCCAGAUUCGCGUCGUGAAGGCGUUCCGUAGCUCUCUCUAUGAAGGUCUAGAAAAGCCUGAGUCUCGAACCUCCAUCCAUAAUUUCAUGGCUCACCCCGAAUUCCGGAUCGAAGAUUCACAGCCCCACAUCCCCCUUAUUGACGACACCGACCUGGAAGAAGAUGCCGCCCUCAAGCAGAACUCGAGCCCUCCGUCAUCGCUCAACAAGAACAACAGCGCCAUCGACAGCGGGAUCAACCUAACGACCGACACAAGCAAAUCAGCUACCUCUUCAAGUCCAGGGAGCCCCAUCCACAGCCUGGAGACGUCGCUUUAGCUGAGGACCCCACCGCCACCCACCCACCCCCGGGCCCCACCCAUCCAGGCACCCAGCUCACCCAAGCAGCAAGGAGCAACAACAGGAAACCAAAUACUGGCAAGAAAACCAACAUUUCCACCCAACAGACCCUUUUUCUGGCUGCGAUGCUGUUUGAACUCUUUUACACUUUGAGGCAAGGGGCGGGAUCUCCCGGGGGCGGGGCUUACGGGAGUGAGUGAUUUUCCCAGAACAAGCCCUUCCUGGCUCCCGCCCAAACACGGACCAGCCGUGCACCCGCCAGGCCACCACGUCCCCUGCAUGAAUGUACUGUACACUUCCAGUCCUCCCCUUGUUUGGUUUUGGGGGGGUCGGGGAGGGUUUUUUGUUUGUUUUCUUAGGCGGGAACUGCAGACAGACUCUUUUCUGAGACUCUAUCCAAUCCACUGGUCUGUGAGUUUUUGAAAUGCUUGCGCAGCAUGGUCUCAGUUGUAUAGGUUAAUUUAACAACUUUUUGAAACUGCAGAGCUUAACUCACCUAGUAAAUUUGCACCAACGGAACCGAAGAACUUCACAGACACUCACGAGGUUAUAUCCAUUUCUUUGUAUCUAUAUCAACGUAUACUUUUCCAUGACUGUAUACGUCCAUAUAGAUAGGUAUAUAUAUAUAUGUAUAUAUAUAUGUAUAUAUAUAUAUAUACACAUAUAUAUAUACACACACACACACGGAUAUAUAAAGUUUUUUUUGCCGGCAUGUUGCCUUGUUUCCGCUUAAAUUGCUCUAUUUUAACUUAUUUAUGUCCUAAAACAAGAAUGUAAUUUGUUUACAAACCUGUAGAUAACGUCUUUGGCUAUUUGUACAGUUUAAGAACACUGGCGGCCGAGAUGUUAUAUAAACAGCUCAGCCCAACAGACACUUCCCUGGAUUGCAUCCUUGAUGUUUUACAAUAGCCAUGCUCUGAUUUUUGCCUGCUGUUUCCAUUCAAUUAUGUCACUACCGCGGGAGGCUCAGGCAGAAGCCAAAUGCUACCGAGGAGGAGUAUCCACCCGGAGGGCUUAACACCGUGCUCCGUAGACACAGGGAGAGGAAGAGAGAAGGCUUCCUAGGUUCGCAGCACUAACGGCGGGCCUGGCCCGGGGGUGACGGGGUCCGCCCAGCUUUGGUCGAAGACUUUUCUCUCGAUGAAACUCGCUUGAGUUUACUAAGAGCAUUUCAAAAAGAGGUUCUCUGUGGCACUGUCUGGACAGAGGUUGAGGUAGUGUUGCAAUAUUAUAAAUGCUACUCUGUUGAUUUUUUUUUUUUUUUUAGGAAUUUAGAGGUUUAUUUACUUAUAAAUUGCAGCGUAUGAGCUGUUGGCAUACUGGAUGAGGAUCAUUGUGGCUUGCUGCUUUUAUUUUUAUUUUUGAAGAAGAAUAGCCUUUUUCUCUGCACUAUUUAGAUCCGAACGAACCUUAUGAUGUGUAUAUUGAGAUGUAUUCAGUGUGAUUUUUAAACCAAAUUGUCUUCCUGUAGUCGCAGUAUAUACUGUAGCCUUUUGACAGCAAGUCUUGCUUUCCCAGACAGAAAGCCAUUCUGAAACCCUACAGUAUCACAGGUGAGAAAAGGUGGUUAUUUUUCCCCCAAGACAAUAACAGCACUAGUAAUCCCACUUAAUGAGAGCUUAUUUAAUCGUACGUCAGCCUCUUAACUGCUAAGCACUUUGUGGGUAUCAGCUUUUUUCAUAAAAGAACUUUUGUAUUUAAUACAAAGUUUGCUUUGAGACUUUUCAGCAUACAAUCUUUUUCCAUAAACUUGUACAGUGCAAAAGACAUUUUGAAUACCAUGAUCGAUGACGUCCCAUGCUUUGAGGAAAACCAAACACUUUCCACCUCGCUUGCAAAAUUCAUUCCUCAUACUGACCCCUUCCCACGGUUGCUCUGUGUCAGCUCAGCCCUUCCCUUCUCCAGGCCCAGAGAAUUCUUCCACAAACAAGAUGAGAGCCACUCGGGAAAAGAGCCAUAGUCAGCUGGGAGGGCCUACGGCUGGGUGGCUGUGAAGGAACCUGAGGCUUUGGGAUCCCAAGUCAGCCCAUCCCACCUGGCAAAACCUUCCUAGAAGGAGGACCUUCUGUGUGCGAGAGCAUCACCUGAAUGUCGUGAAGGAAUCUCUCUGAAUGUACCCAGCAGAGGAAACUGCAUCCCCAAAGGGGUGACCAGCCCUCAGAUGUGCUUAUUGGAUUCCUAUACAAACACCGCCAAAAGCCAGCCCAUUGUUCUCCUGCUGAGAAAGUAAAGACCUGCACAUGUGAAAAAACCUGGAGCAGCUUUGGAACGUGGUAUUUUUUGUAGUUUCCUUUCUCAAGGUUUUCCAUCUCCCCACCUUCUUGGUUCCAGUCCUGUGUCCAUGACCUCAUUCCCCGACAGCAGGAAAGCUGAGCUUGCCCACCACGCUCCCUGUUCAUUCGGAGCCGGGACACAGGGAAGACAGGAGGGCCUUCUCUGAGCGGAGCCUAGUUUAGGGAACAGGGAGCAGUGGAAGUGACCGAGGACACCCGACCUCAGUGUUGGUCUUUUCUUGUCGGGAAUGAUGGAUGCUUACACCAAACACACACACACAGACACACACACACACACACACAGAGGAAAUGAUUGGUUUGUCAAAACUCACUGUAGUACAUAAAGCUUGCACUCUGCGUCCUAUAUCUAGCAGCAUGGGGUACGUUUGGCAGUUCACCCCAUUAGGGGGUCAAUAAUUUAUGACCAUUCAUCUGUUUUUAUGAAUUUUUUUAUCUAGACAAUAAUUGUAAAUAAAGAACUCACCGUCUCUGUUCAUUUAAUACUAUGCAAUGGUUAUGCUUUCAAUUGCUGACUCUUCUUACUCCCGCAGCGUGGUUCUGAAAUGUCUGUGGUUUAAAAAAAAAAGGCAAAAACCAACAUCAAACAGAACACAGUAAAUAUAUACUCUGUAAUGUAUAUAUAUGUUUUUCCAGUUUGGGACUGCACCAUCCACUUAGCUUCUUCUCUGUCCUCUGGACAAGGGCUCCAGGAGAAGAUAGCAGAUUCAUUCUGAGGUCUAAGCUCAGCGACUUGUCUCCCCUCAACAGAUGAGAGAAGAGCAGGGGGCCCAUUCAGUGACCCCUGGGGCUGGAGAAUCGCCCACCUUUGGAGGUGGGCAGGGAGGAAUAUUUCCUCCCUGUGACUCAGGCAGCGCUUUCCCUAACUCUGAAGCAGCCUCCAUUGCUCCCGCCGACCCCUCACCAUGGCCCCUCGCCCCCCUGUCCCAACCAGAACACAGAGUAGACAAGAGGAGGGUGCCCUGCUUUUGAGACCAGACCAAUGAAAAUGGCGGUACUGGGCCGAGGACUCUGGACCCGUCUCAUCCUGGGUAGCCUACUUAUUGAAUAGCUGCUCUUUUCCCAACCAUGCUGAAAUGCCACCUGUACCACAUACUGAUAGCUUAUAUAGAUUCGGGUCUAUUUCUGGAAUUUCUCUUCUGUUCCCGUAUCUGGGUGUCUCAUCUGGUACCAGCCAUACAGUUCUAAUUACUGUUGCUUUAUAUAAUGUUUUAUCAUGUGGAGGAGGGAUAAGUACGCUUCCCUCUUUUUCUUUUUUUAACAAAAUGUCCUGGUUAUUGUCUCACAGCUAAUCUUUUAAGUAAACUUUAAAAUGUUGCCAAGUCUUCCACCCCUGCCCUUCCCCCACCCAAGGGCCCUGUCAUUCUAUGUGCAAAGGGCUUCCUUUCUGCCACUGUAAGUACCGUUCACUCAGGGUCACUAGAUGGAGUGAAACAAAGAUAGGAGAAACUAGAUAGGAGAAACAAAAAGAGCAUCCUAAAUUUGGGGGGAAGCCAGAAGCCAGUACCAUCUCACCUGAACCCUAAGCAAGGGUGUCACCAGGAGAGGCCACCAAGCUCCCCACCCCAAUCUCAGUUUGGGACCCAAAGUCACCCACCUUGGUUAUGCUGGGGUGGACCCCCCAUCUGCCCCAGUCCAGAAGAGGAAGAGGGCUCUCUCCCACACCUGGAGCUACCAGAUUUGCGUGGCCCAGUUGUUUUUAUUUCUAAUUCUCCUCAUGAAGAAACCUUUAUUCCUAUCUCCCUUUCCGGAACUGCCUUUUUUUUUUUUUUGGCAGGGGUGGGAGGGGUCACUUCUUGUUCUUUAUUCAAAGUUUUUUCAGUGGUUGUGUGAUAGGUCCUUUGGGAUGCAGCAAUUUCUUUCCUGGACCUUCACACCACCCUGACCCCCCCCCAACCCAUUCGUGCUCUACUUAUGGGAGGCUGUCAGCUGGGUGUACUGUGACAUGCCUCCCACCCUAAACUCUCUCCAUAGUGUCUGAGAUCCCAUUAGAAGAUGGGAGGGGUGCGUUUCUUGAAGGCUUCGGGUCUUCCAGAGCCAAGGCCUAUCAAACAACAGCAGAAAAUCCCCAGGUCUUUUCCAAGUUCUAAAGCAAGCUCUCCUGAUAUGAUGUAGAGAUCCUACUCAACCAAGUAGAGGGAAGGGGAUCCCAGGCCCUGGGCAUCAGCCAUCACCCCCUCCGCCGAAAACAAGACCUUUGAGGCUGCUCUGGGACCUUCUCAGCCCCCUAAGUCUGUUUUGUAAUGCCUGUGGUGCUCUCCCUCCGGACCUUUCCUCUUGGGGGUCGCCACACUUUGCUAACUCUUGUGUGCACAUAUUUUAUAACAGAGUAGCGAGGAAAUGGUGCCGCUCCAGCUUCCACAAGCUGCCCGGGCUCUGGGGGGGGCUCUGGGACAAUCGGGGCUGGGAAGUGACUGUGCUCUUAUUGUACACUCUUUAUUUCUCUGUAUCUCUGGCUUGUGCUCUUUGUAAUUAAUGGGAUUUGUCUGCCUUUUCAACACUAUCCUGAGCAAUAACAAUAAAUGCACACGUGGAAACGCAGA